UACACGCUAACUCUCUAUCGAGUGAGGCGAGAAAAGGCUAAUGUGAAGGUUGGCCCACCCAAAAUGGCGAAGGAACAGUACUUUGAUAUACUACUCGUGGUUCAUAUAUUAUAGUUUUUCUCUAGUUUGAAGAUUUUCCAGACAUUGAAAUUCGGAGGGCUACUUAAACUACUGAUCUUUGGAAUAGAGUAGUUUCGAAAUAAGAGAAUGGGAUAGCGAUCGUCCGUGAUAUUUCAAUUGGUGAUUGUAUCAGUAUCAGUCAACAAGGAUCUACUUAGCUAAGAAAGCCGUGUAAAGAAGGAGUGGUGCAUUGCGAAGCCUACAAACUGUUGACAAACUUACUAAUUAUUAAUCUACUUUCAAGUGUAUGUUGUAAGAAGUUUUGGUUGUGGGCUGUUGUAUGCUAAACCCAAAUGUUAAAAGGAUUAACUUAUUAUUGGACUCUUUAAUUCAUAACUGAACACUGCUGGAUUAAUUGUUGAGCCCAUUGUCAAGGAGGUUGAAGCCGAUUAUUUCAUGUGUGUAUUAUUUCAGCUCUUGUUAGAAAAUCGUGCUACCAUUCAUGGAUAACUGGAGUAAUUACUCAAUACAACCGUGAUCGUUAUAUUUUAAUUCCAUAAAUACUUUCUCAUGUAGUAAUUGAAGGUAAGCUUAUAAUAGAGUUGUUAAUAGCUUAAUUAUUAUAGUGUACUGAUUCAUUUUUAUAAAGUUGAAAUUUUGGAAAUAUUCAGUGAUCAAUCCAAAAUAUUAACAAGAUGAAGGAAUACAAAGUAGUGGUGUUGGGAAGUGGAGGGGUUGGGAAAAGUGCCCUCACUGUCAAAUUUGUUUCUGGAACUUUCAUGGAAAAAUAUGAUCCAACGAUUGAGGACUUCUAUCGCAAAGAGAUAGAAGUUGAUUCCGCACCUUCAGUGUUAGAAAUUCUGGAUACUGCUGGCACAGAACAAUUUGCUUCUAUGCGAGACUUGUAUAUUAAAAAUGGACAAGGUUUUGUCAUUGUGUUUAGUAUAACAAGUCUACAGACAUUUCAAGAUAUAAAAACUAUGCGAGAACAAAUUAUUCGUGUUAAAGGAAUAGAGAAGAUCCCAAUGAUUUUAGUUGGAAAUAAAGCCGAUUUAGACCAACAGCGUGAGGUACCAUCCAGUGAAGGCUCAGCUUUAGCUCAAUUUUGGGGAUGCCCCUUCUUAGAAACCUCUGCUAAAAGUACCCAGAAUGUUAAUGAAGUAUUUAUUGAAAUAGUUCGAGAAAUGAACACUAGUCCCAUGAAGGAAAAGGGCGGCUGCUGUCAAAUUCUUUAAAUGUAUAAAUUUUCCAAACAGUAGAAGUCAAGAACUACAUUAUCAGCAAUUUCACUGAAUUUCCAGCAUUAUGACAACUUGUUUAAAGUUCGUUGUCGACCAAUCAGAGAUGGGUUUAGAUAUGGCUUUUUUGUGAGGUGGCAUUUGAUUGGUUCAAGAAUGAGGAAUUGUUUUGGAAUGGGAUUUUAUGAAUGGACAUUAAAUAUCUCAGAUGAUUAAUUUUGUAAUCAUAGUUUUCCCACUUUCAUUCAUAAUGAUGUUUGUCUACUAUCAUUAAGUGAGAAAACAAUUAAGGCAAAUGAAUGACAUAAUAAUCUAAUGUAAUUUAAUCCUGUUUAACGAUUCUUAAAGAUCAAUUUUAAAUGAAACAAUUUCGGGUUCGCAAAAAAAAAUGCGCAAAUAACUGCUGUUUCACUUUAAUAAUAUUGAUGUUUAAAACGUAAUUUACACCUUCAACAUUUUUCUAUAGUCGCAUUAUUAAAUUAAAAUCCAAUUUAACUUGUUUUAAAAUGAAAUGAAAAAUGUUAUUUAUUUGUGAAUUAGUAAUGAAAUGAGCGAAUGAAUUUUGUAAAUGUUUUAAAUUAGUUUAAGAUUUAUAUGACAUGACAGAAAUCUAACUUACUAAUGUAAAUUACAUAUACUUUAAAUGAAAUCAGUCUCUUUCGGUCAUUAUAAGUUGAUUUAUUUAAUAAUUAUGUCAAGUUACUAUAAAUAGUAUAGAUAGCAAAUAAUCUGAUUAAAACACAGAUCCUAUUUCAUUUUGUUUUUUAUAGUUCAAAAUUUCGUUUUACUUGUCUUUACUAAACUAGGAUCUGGAAGAGUUGUUAUAUUACCGGCGUUCUGGUUGAUGUGAGGGAUUAGCCAAUGAAACAGUCUUGUUACGGCAAGUUCUUGGCGUGAGAUGCCCGACGAAACUGUGGGUAAAGUUACCCGGUAAACCACUAGAAAUGUCAACACUGAUUGAUUAAUCAAUGUCUGACGUCAUAGGGUCAAAAAACACUUGUAUGACCCCUGACACAACCUUCCACUACAACUGGUCAGAUCUUCAUGUAGUGUAGGCCAUCAAAAGUAUAAAAAAAAACGAACUGAAAUAGAUCUGUAUUUUAAUCAGAUUACAACAGUCCUACAUUAAUGUAACCUACAAUGAAAUCGGUCACCGUCAGUCAUUAGAAAUUAAUUUAUUUAAUAAUUAUGUCAAGUUACUAUAAAUAGAAUAGAUAGUAUAUAAGGAUAUUUAUAACAUACAUGAAACUGUCAAUCUUGUAUAAAGUAGGUGUUAUCUAUAGACAUACUGGUACCUAUAUGUAGUGUUAACUUACAGCUGUCACAUCAGAUAAACCUGAUAAAAAUCUAAAUGAUUACAUUUCUAAUUACAUUUGAACUUUUGUUCCUUUCUGGUGUUUCCAUGUCAUCAAGCAUUCUCGGAUGUACAUCCACUGGCCUGGAAAUAAUCAUUUUACUUGUUCCUGACAUUCUGAACUUGGUGCCAGACAUGUAAUAUAGACAGAUAUCAUCUACACAUGGAUAAAUAACAAAUCAGCGCCAGACAAAAUCAUUGGCACCAGAGGGAUUGUGUCUGAUAAUGUCUGUGACAGGUGUCUUAAUUCCCAGCUUGUGUAACAUUUAUUGGCUUUCUUACCCAUGUGUAGAUGCCUGCAUAUAUUGACCUCUCUAUAGACAAAUUGACCUCUACAAGUAUGUAGAGAGGUUGACCUCUUUCAUUAUAGACUGAUUUACCUUGUUCUCUACAGACAGGUGUAGACACAUUGACCUAUGUCUAUAGGCAGAUUGACCUCUCCGUGUAGACCAAUUGACAGCUCUGUAGAGAGGUUAACUUAUCUGUAGACAGAUUGACCUUUACCUUGUUCUCUACAGACAGGUGUAGACACAUUGACCUAUGUCUAUAGGCAGAUUGACCUCUCCGUGUAGACCAAUUGACAGCUCUGUAGAGAGGUUAACUUAUCUGUAGACAGAUUGACCUCUCUGUAGACGAGAAUGAAGAACUGAGAUUUAAAGGCAACUAUACAUGGGUGGGUAGACAAGAACUAGAAAAUAUCACAUAUACUCACUAUUGAUCUCUUUAAUAAAAACCACAGUGGAUGUCACUGGUAUUUCUAAUUCGAUGUCCAUAUUCCAAUUAUUAAACUGAUGUUUGGGUCCAAAUUCAAAAAAUGUAUAAUCUUGAAUUACAUUUACAUGUAGAAUCAUUUAGAUCAGUCGAGCUGAAAUAUGUUUUAGUCUGAAUGCAAACAAGGGAAAUAUUACAGCAGAUUUUAAAAUAUCUGAUGUUUGGAAUUGACUCUUGGGUGACACAUUUUUGUACUCAUUGAAUUUUUACUGCAAUUUUAAUUGGUAGAUAUUAUAUUUUAGGGAAAUAAAUAUAAGAAGUUCUUAUAAAAGGUAAUUUUCUUUUUGUAUAAAUAAAUUUGAUGACCCUGGGAGUCAAGUGAUUUGUAUGUAAUUAAAGAUACAUGUGAUUUAAUUAUUAUUAAUCAAAUACUGUACAUAUAUAAUAAACCAAUGAUUUGUAUAUAUUAAACAAUACUCCUCAGUACUUUCAUUAUUUUUAUCAUAAUAUAUUCAGAUGCCAAAAAAUACACAUAUAUAAUCAUUAUAGAAGUAGAUUUUACAAAUUAAAAACACUUCUGUCGAUAUACUACUUCUGAAUUUAUUAAACAUAUAUUAUGCCAGAGCUGGGGGGUUGGAUGGCCGAAUGGUUAGCACGCGCGCAUUGUAUCAUACGGUUUGUCAUUGAGUCAACUGGCAGGGUUUCGAAUCCCCGGUUGUACGUGACAAGGAGUAGGGUCGCCUGUCCAACCUCGUGGGUUUUCUCCAGGUCUUCCGGUUUCCUCCCACUGCUAAAGACCCCUGUGCGCAAGCGAUUAUUAAAAUAAAAACAUAUGUUAGUCCCGAAAUGACCUAGUUUGUGUCGAGUGGACGUUAAACCCCAUUUCUCUCUCUUAUGCCAGAGCUAAAUCUGCCUAUUGCAAGUCUUUCUUUAGGCCUGAAAUGUUUUCUAAAUUAUUAGUUAGACAUUAAUUAACUUAUCCAGGCCAUAAUCAACUCUCGAUGUCAUUGGAUUUCUCCGAUAUUAAAUAGAUUAGAACAGUUCAGCCAUAUUUUGAUUUAAGCUACAAAUGGAGGAGUGAGACUUAGCUUCGAACAACCAGUACGGUGGUUGAAAUUAUUGCACACGUCUUGUCAAACCUUCAAAGGCUAAUGUCUUCGCUCGCAAUAGAGUAAUUUGAAUGAAAUUGUCAAAUUAUUCAUUUUACAUUAUCUAUUUUCGAACUAUUAUAGCAAGAAUGUGUAGCUCUUUAUCUAAAUCUUACAUAAUGUAUCUUUAACAUGCUACGUUUCGAUACAUACACAGAUAUUGUUAUCAAGCAAAUAAUAAUCGAAACAUAGCAUGUUAAUAAAUUCAGAAGUAGUAUAUCCAUAUAAGUGUUUUUAAUAUACAUAUAUCUUGAAUUUAUAGCCUACUUUCAGUUGCCAUUUAAAAAAUUGUUUUCUUUCUUCUAAGUUAAAAACUUAGUGCGACUUCAUGCUGUAUUUUGGUCAGUGCUCUUUGUUUAAUGCUCGACGAUAUUAAGAUUUGUGUAAAAUAUGUAAUUAAAAAUUAGGAAACUUACCCUUAUAUAUAGGAAAUGUUUAUAUUUAUUUAUACGAUAUUAUUAACAGACUAAAUUAAAAUGGAUGCACAUGUUGUUGCUGUUAAUAUGCAGCUAUUACACUGUGGGAAGUAGAUAGCCAGUAUCAAGCAUUUUUAUUGUCAACAUACUUAAUUCUUCCUUAAUUGAUAUUUAGUAAUUGAACAUAUUAACACAAGGUACAAUUUUAUAGAUACACAAUUACUGAGUUUAAAGGGACAAUAACACUCUUGGUGUCUUGACAGCUCCAGAAAAUAAAAAAUAGCCUUAUUCUAAGUACUAGAUGUGUUAGUGUCCUACCUGUUGUGUAAAUUAUCCAUUAAAUCCUAUUUUACUUGUCCAAAGGGUUCAAAAAUAUUUUUAAAUCCAAGUCACAUUUGAAAAGCUUUACGUCAGGCUUUCCAAAUCAUUUAGUUGAAUUUUUCCAAUUUUUUAAAUUAGAUGUGUUAAGAUGAAAUUUGUAUCAUCAAUUAAUUGGAAUAUUGUAAAAUAGUACAAUUUGUUGACCAGAAUAAAGAUUGGGACAUAUUAUUCAGUUACAACAAGAGUGGUAUUGAGCCUUUAAUACUAAUAAUUGAACAAUUACCGAGUUUAAUACUAAGCUCUUUAUGAGAGUAUCGCCAUUGAAACAUCACUUAGUAUUAAAUUCGGUAAUUGAACAUAUUAACACACGGUACAAUUUUAUGGAUACACAAUUACCGAGUUUAAUACCAAGCUCUUUAUGAGAGUAUUCUCGUUGAAACGUCACUUUGUAUCACGGUAAACUUGUACCUUGUGUUAACGAAUUUAUUGAAUCAGAAAUAUACAUGGGAGCAAAAGAUGCUGUCUGUCUUGAACUUUCUUAUUUCAUAGACAUAAUUUUAACAUUGUUAAGAAUUUCUUUAUUUCAUAGAAAUAACUUUAAACAUGCUUAAAUUAGUUUUAUGAUGGCAAAAAUUUUGAAACACUUGAAUGAAUGUUGGCGGGUAAAAUCCCAGUCAACAGAAAGACAAGGAAUAUGGGCCCUGUUUCUUGAAAUCUUAACUAAAGAUAAAAUUCAAUUUUAGUAGAUACUUCAAUUUUGUUUGACUAAGCACUAAAAUCAAUCUAAUAUUUUCCAAUCAAAUUACUAAAAUUUUGAUUUUAUCUUAGUUAAAAUUUCGUGUAACAGGCCCCUGUUUAAUAAAAGUCUUAAACCUACCCAUCUUACUGCAGCGUUUGAAAUUAUUUCAAUCUGAUUAAAAUACAGAUCUAUAUUUCGUUUCGUUUUUUUUGAUACCUGGUUAUUAUACGUACUAAUCUAAUUUCACUGUAACCCGGGUAUAAUUAUUCUGGAGGUCACGGUGGCUAAGUAAGUAAGACGCUGGCUCGCUAGCCUGAAGCAGGGGCGGAUCCAGGAAUUUUUGCAGGAGGGGGUUUGCCAGGUUCCUGUUAAGGAAAUCUGUCAUUAUCGUCUCUAAAUUACAUAGGCAUACAUACAAAUUAGGCUUUUUAAAGAGAGAAAUCAUUUUUAUAAUGAUAUAGGAACACAUUGUGAUUUAAUUUCAUUGAUGCAAGGCAUUCAAUUUUUUUUAUGUAGCUGAGCAGGGUGGGGUAUGGACCCCCCAAACCCCCCCUCUGGAUCCGCCCCUGCUGAAGGUCGGGUGUUCGAUCAUUGCAUUGGCCGAGAAAGUUCAUCCAUAUUUUCCGGCGUGGUUUCCCCCUUGUCAGUGAUGCAGGACAGAGGGCCUGACAAGAACAGCUGUCCAGUUUAAAGCUGACGGAUUAAUUUUGAUAAUGAGUGUCCAAUUUACAAGUGUUUAAUUUCUCAACCACUGUUAAAAAAUUAAUCAUUAUACAUCAAUAAUCAAUUGGGUUGUUUAUUUUUUAACAGUGGUCAAGAAAUUAAAUACUUGUAAAUUGGACACUCAUUAUCAAAAUUAAAUGGUUAGCUUUGAACUGGACACAAGUACAAAUUAGAUGAUUUGGGGUGAUUUUAAAUGAUUUUAACAAAUUUUUAAACAAAGACUGGAUAUUGAACGAAUAUGAAAGAAAUUAGUGCUAGAUACACAAGAUUAAAUGAUACCCAGGUUACAGUAUUUGUUUAGCAGUACAUAUUACUGUAGAUGUCAUACACAUGGUUAUUAAUUUUAUAUGAAAUAAAUAACAAUUUAUUUCUCAAUGUCAUACAUAUAUUCCAUUGUACUUUAUUCAACUCUUUUUAUUUUAAAAUUUGCUUGUGUGCAUGUACAUAGAAGGUGAUAAUGGACACAUUUCUAACAUUCUUGCAGCAUUGUGCCAAAAAUAACCAUUCUUUGGAUACUCUUAGAAAUAGAGACAUGUAAAUAUCGAUGUUUUUCUGUAGUUUUUUUAUGAUCAUUUAUGUAGAUUUACAUUCUCUUAGAUUGUCUUUGAAUUUUCCAACAAGCUUAGCCGCGUUAAGUUUGACACCGGUGUAAAUUGUCUCUUACUUUAAGGUGUUAAGCAAGCUUACGACGAUUCACAAUUCAUCUUACAUUUUCGUUCGAGCAUCUCAAAUUUUAAAAUGUGAAUACAUGACUCAAAACUGACUUGUACAUUAUUAAUUUGUUAAUUGUUACUCACUGUCCCCUCCCCCCUAACUCCCAUUAUUAACCCCAUUUUAAUUCUGCCCCACCCCCACUCGACUUCUUUCUGUCAUGUAAUCAACUUUUUUAAUACAAAUUGUGUACUAUUUCCCUUCUAUUUUUUUAUUUGGUCUUACGUCAAUAAUAUAAGAUAAUUAGUAAUAAUUUGUAUGUUUAUAUUAAUGUAUAAUAGAUUGUAUAUGAUUAUAGUAUUUAGUGUAUAUAAAUGUGUACAAUUCUUCUAAUAAAUAGUGUUAUAGUCACUGAUAAA